AUGGCGAUCAACUUCACAACGAUAAUGAUACCUGCUCUUCUCAAUGCUAAAGAUGGCUUGUCGCUAGAUGAAACACAAGCUUCUUGGUUCGGAAGUGUAUCAUUCCUUACGCAGCCAGCUGGGGCACUUUUAUCCGGGCCGGUAGUGGAUUAUUUCGGUAGAAAAAAGGCGAACUUUCUUGUUAAUAUACCUAUGAUAUUAGCAUGGAUUCUUAUGUAUUAUUCUUGGAACCUCCCUUCUCUGUUCACUGCUAACGCUUUACUAGGAAUAAGUUCUGGCAUCAUGGAGGCACCUAUCAAUUCUUAUGUGGGUGAAAUAAGUGAACCUUCGAUUCGUGGUGCAUUAUGUACUGUGACUCAAUUCUUUACAUCAUUUGGUAUUCUCAUCAUGUAUUUUUUGGGCACUAUUGUGGACUGGCGGACUGCUGCAUUAAUCUGUCUCGUGGCUCCCGCCGCUUCGAUGUUCAUGGUUGUUUUUGCACCUGAAACACCGGUAUGGCUUCUCACAAGACAGCGGCAUGAUGAUGCUUUAAAGUCCCUAUGUAAACUUCGUGGGUGGACUACGCCAGAUAAUGUAAAAAAAGAAUUCGAUGAGUUAAGCACUUAUAGCAAAAAGUUAGGAAAUUGUGUCAUAUGUUCUAGCACCGACCAAGAUACUAAGGCAUGUCCACAUGAUGGUAUGAAUUGGUUUAAGAGACGCAUGCUCAAGUUCAGAUAUGUGAUGCUUUGUAAAGAAACCUUAAGACCGUUAACGCUAGUGAUGAUGUAUUUUCUGUUCUUCGUGAUGAGCGGCCUAACACCGAUUAGGCCCAACUUGGUCAAUGUUUGUGGAGCAUUUGGUAUGGCCCAGGAUGGAAAGCAGAUUGUAUUGAUGGUAGGAGUCUUAACGUUUAUUACUGGCAUUUUCGUUAUCGGCAUAAUCAGAAUUCUGGGCAAAAGAAAACUCGCAAUAUCUUCUUUAUUCGGAAGUGCAAUUAUUUGCUUGCUACUCAGUAUAUAUGCAAGACAAACCUUAGACCCCAAAGUAUUUUCAUACAACCCCGAAACAUUUCCAAAGAAGACUAGUAUAGUGCCAUUGAUAUUGAUGUAUUUAUUGACGAUAUUUACUGGAUUGGGUAUUCCAUGGGUUUUACUUGGGGAAGUUUUUCCCUUCAGGAGUCGAGCCAACGCUCAAGGAUUAUCUGCAGCUAGCAAUUAUGUAUUUUCGUUCUUAGGUUCGAAAACUUUCAUUAACCUAGAAACUAGUGUCAAAUUAUGGGGCACUUUCGCCAUUUACGCCGCUUUCGGUUUCAUGGGAACAAUUUAUUUAUAUUUCUUUUUACCAGAGACUGAAGGUAAAACUUUACAAGAAAUUGAAGAAUUCUACAAUGGAGAUCUUAGAAUAUUUGCAAAUGACCCCAUAAUAAAUACAUGUAGGAAACAAAAAGAACAAAAACGA